AGAGAGAGAGAGAGAGGGAGAGAGAAGGAGAGCGAGCGAUAGGCAGCACCCUUGUGAGGGGAAACAAGAGUCAGCUUCACAGAGAGAAGGAAAAAGACAGGCUAAAGAAAGAACAUGGAUGAAGCGGAUAAUUUUCUGUUUAAAAAGGCAGUGGAGGGGAGACUUUGGUCGUCCUGCACAUAGUCUGACCGUUUUUCCCGUUCUUAGAUGCCAUGUUCGGGAGCCGUUGCGCGGAAAGCGGUUUUUAAUUCGUCUGUGGAUGUUGCCAGCUUGCGAUGGCUAUUGUAGGGCGAUGUAGCUCCAUAAAAGUGAACGCGCCUCUUUGUUUUUGUUUCUUUAUUGUUUUACUAAGUGGUCUUACAAAUGCACAGAUUCGCUACAGCAUUCAGGAGGAGAUGGAGAGCGGUACCCUCGUUGGGGAUCUUGUACGGGAUCUUGGACUGGAGCUGAAAAAGCUCUCGGCGCGUCGGAUCAAAAUCAGCUCCGACAGCGCGAGGCGAUACUUCAGUAUCAACCACAAAACUGGUAAGCUUGUUAUAAGCGACCGGAUUGACCGCGAAACGCUCUGUGAAUUCAGCGGGACCUGCACUCUCAGCCUCGACGUGGUGUUAGAAAACCCAUUCGAGCAGCACAACGUGGAUGUUGAGAUUUUGGACGCAAAUGACAACUCGCCGCUAUUCCCACGAGAUGAGUACCAGCUGGAGAUCCCCGAGGGCGCACAGCCAGGCGCGCGGUUUUCCAUUGAGGGCGCGCAGGAUCCGGACGACGCCUCGAAUUCUGUGCGCAAUUAUCGCCUUACCUCAAACGAACACCUGGCUCUGGACUCAACCAAACCACCUGCAGAUGGAAAACACGUAGAGCUUGUGCUGAAAAAACCUUUUGACCGUGAGCUCGUGCCUUCGCACCAGUUUCUUAUUACAGCUACUGACGGUGGUUCGCCUCCGCGCUCAGGCACAGCCAGAAUCAACGUGCGCGUUUUGGAUGCUAACGACAACGUUCCAGUAUUCGACAGCUCUGUAUACAAAGUGAAAGUGAGGGAAAACUCUCCUGUUGGCGCGCUUGUCAUUAAAUUAAAUGCCACAGACCGGGAUGAGGGCUCCAACGGGGAAGUGCAUUAUUCAUUUAGUUCCUACACACCAGACAAAGUAAGACAGAUGUUUUCUGUAGACACAGAAAGUGGAGAAAUUAGAGUUAAAAGCAACGUGGACUAUGAAGAAACAAACAGCUAUGAGAUGUAUAUACAGGCAGCAGACAAAGGCCAGGGGGCUGUUGCAGUGCAUUGUAAGGUGGUGGUAGAGGUUCUAGAUGUGAAUGAUAACCCUCCCGAGAUUGUACUCUCCUCUCUCUCCAGUCCAGUUCGAGAAGAUGCUCGGGCAGACACUGUGGUGGCUUUAAUCAGCAUACAUGACAAAGACUCUGGCCAAAACAAACAGGUCAGUUUAGACAUCAUCCCUCCUAACCUUCCCUUUAAAAUCAAAUCCUUUCGCAACCAUUAUUCCAUUGUUACCUCUGCUUUCCUGGACAGAGAGUCCAUUCCCUCUUACAACGUCACGGUUAUAGCCACCGAUGGCGGUACUCCACCUCUUUCGUCGUCCAUGACAGUGCGAGUUGAAGUGGCAGACGUAAAUGACAACCCACCACGUUUUGAAGAGGCUUCGUACACGGUUUACGUCUUCGAGAACAACGCGCCCAGUGCCUCUCUGUGCGUCGUCAAGGCAACAGACCCUGACGCUGGUGAGAACGCUCGCAUCACGUACACUGUCCUCAAUGAUAACAAUCAUGGGAUUUCUGUGGCAUCGUACGUGUCUGUCAAGCCUGCCACGGGUGAGGUGUACGCAUUAAGAUCCUUUGACUUUGAGAAGCUGCGCGAGUUUCAUUUCCAGGUCAAAGCCCAAGACAACGGUGUACCUCCACUGAGCCGGGUGGCGACUGUCUACAUUUACAUCAUGGACUCUAACGACCACAGCCCACAGUUUGUUCACCCAGCAGCGAAUGGCUCUCAAUCCAUCCAGACCCUUUUACGUAACGCAGAGGCAGGGGUGCUUGUGGCACGUAUGCUGGCUUGGGACUUGGAUGCUGGAGAAAAUGCCUGGCUCUUGUACAGCCUCCAUCACCCGCCCGACCUGGAUUUGUUUAAGGUGCACGAACACACAGGUGAAAUCCGCACCACCCGACGAGUGAUCGAGGACAAUUCCACUGUUUUUGGUCUCACGGUGCACAUAAGAGACCACGGCUCACCUCCACGUUCUGCCUCAACAACGAUCAAUGUCGCCAUUAUGGAACUCCCACCCAAAGUGGCCCCGGACCCCAAACGCAUUAUCAGGCCGCAUGGCGCAAUGAUCUUCUCCAAUGUUACCUUGUAUCUUAUUAUUGCCCUGAGCGCCACAACCUUUGUCUUUUUGGUCACUGUUUUUGUUUUGGCUAUCGUUCGCUGCCAUGCCUACUGCAGUCAACCAGAUGCUUGUUCCUGCUCGCCUUGCUGUGGGGGAAAUAAGAAGAAGGCAACGAUGAAGAAGACACCCAAAGAUGGUGGUGGUGGUGGAGGAGGAGGAGGGGGCGGGGCUACAGGUGGAGGAGGAGGUGGAGCCACAGGUGGCGGAGGGGGCGGUGCUGGAGGGAUCACAGUUCAGCAACAGGCAGUGUUGCGGAGGGACCUAAAAGUGGAACCUCAUUACAUUGAGGUUAGAGGAAAUGGCUCUUUGACCAAAACGUACUGUUACAAGACCUGCCUGACCGCAACCUCUGGAAGCGAUACGUUCAUGUUCUACAACACGGGCCGUCCUAUUAGUGGUACCUGGGGCUCGGGGGCCGACCGUUUCUUCACCGGUCAGAGCGGGCAGUUUGUACGCAGACUGAGCAUGCCGGACGCCACGGCCAUACAGCCUAAAGUUCCCAAUACGGACUGGAGAUAUUCAGCUUCACUCAGAGCAGGAAUGCAAAGUUCGGUCCACAUGGAGGAGUCGUCUGUGAUGCAGGGAGCUCAUGGAGUUAUGGUUCAGAAUUGGCCUACGGUCUCCAGUGCUGCCGACCAGGAGGGUGGAGAGGUGUCUCCUCCCAUAGGUGCCGGAGUGGACAGUAACAGUUGGCAUUUCCGGUACGGUCCUCCAGGGGGUCCUCCUCCGCACCUGAAACCGGGUGAGGUUCCUCCCGAAGCCUUCAUCAUUCCUGGUUCUCCAGCCAUUAUUUCCAUCCGACAAGGACAAGAUGGAGACGACAAGAGCGACUUUAUUUCCUUCGGAAAAAAGGAUGAGGCCAAAAUGAAGAAGAAGAAAAAGAAGAAGGAGAAGAAGGACAAACGGGACAAAGGAAAGGAUGACGAUGACUAGAGAGAGAGAAAGAGAAAGGAAAUAGAUUUAACAGAAAAGACAGACGUCUCAACAGCAGUCUGGGGAAAAAAAACAAAAAUUACUUUUUUAAUGCAUGGUCUAUCUGAAGCUUUGUGUUUAUCUCUCGCUCUUUACAGAUAUAGCCAGUGUUCCCUUACUCCUUAAUGAAAUCAUGCGAUUUGUUUAAUCUGGAUUUGUGAUCGAUAUCUCCGAUCACUCACAAUUUAUCCCACCCCUUCAGACUGAUGUUGGUAUUUCUGUCUUGAUUGUGGUUUUUGUUUUCCGAUAGGGAGACGAAAUCAGAUUUAAAUUGUUUGUAAGCUGUGUCACUUCAGAUGGAUUGAAAAACAUUGAGGGAGGGGGGUUUAGUUUGUGGUUCUGGAAUCAGAACGCACGCUAGUGUAAAUAAACAGGCGGGGCACCACAGUAUGUAAAACAACCUGCUCAAUUAUUGCUUUUAAUUAUUCACUUAUCCUGUGUGGAAAACAUCCCUUGAAAACAGAGACACUGAACCAUGUUUUCACUCUCAAAAGCAGCAUUUUAUAAAAAAGACAAAGAAUUGAAUGAUGGAAUGCACUUUUUUGUUGCUUUAAUUUUGUUACCAGCUAACGUUCUCCACAGAAGAGUACAGUAUAUAUGUGAGCAGUCCUGUAUGUACCCUCACGUACACUUAUAUAAACACACAUCUAGUAAACAGGGUUAAGAAUCAAUGCGUUUCCUGAGGCUCCCGCUAUCUCUCCUGCUCUGAACUGAUUUUAACCCAGUAAAGCGUGAAGUUUGGUCUUGAGAUCAUUGGCAUGUAUGUUUUAACCAUGAUGGGUCCGUUUCAGCAGUGAGAUGGAUUUACUCUUAAUGGGAUGUAAAACUCAUGGGCCAAUAUAACUGGAAACUGUAUUGGAGCGUGAUUAUGAGCCCUGUUAUGGCAGAGAAUGUUUAUGCAUAUUGACCAGUAUUAAUGUGUUGCUUCACCAAACCUUAAACACUUUUACCUUAUAAACUGUCCUGUAAUAUCCUCUGUAGAUAUGGAAUGUGGGUUAUGGUGUGAGUUUUGAAUUGCACUGCCCCAUGCCCGUAGACCCUGACCUCCUUUAACCCUGACUUUGUGCCUGUUCUCUCAGCUCAUCACUGGACUGCGUCCGGUGUCUUACUCUCUUUAACAGAUUCUCCUCCCUUCUGCGUGAUGUCUGGAGGAUCAAGGACACACCUCAAGGGCAAUGAACAUAUUAGUUAGGGGUUUUCAAAUUGGGGCAAAGAAGUGCAAGGGUUUUCUUGAGCGUGUUUUUAUAAGCUUUAUUGCUACUGUACAGAGCUUUUGUCUGUCUGUCUCGUUCUGUAUGCCAGGUAGGCUAGCUCUAGACAUGUGGUAAUGCAUACAAUGCCUGUCACGCCAUUCCUGCUAAAUUUUUGGGGCACUUUUACAGAUGGGCCCCCAAUGAGUAAUCUUAGUGCGGGCCUUCAUUACAGGGACUGGGAUUUCAUUCCUCGUUGCCUCUUUAAAUUGCCUGAACUUCGCAACAGACUGUUGUCUCCACCCGUCAUGCCUUUGAACCCCAGUUUCUUUCACGCAGCCUGUUUAUCCUGAUGUCACAACUACACAAAUGUGACCGCUGCAUGACCAUACAAACAGAAAACACUUACUAUAUAGAGAUAUAUAUGAAUAUAGAUAUAGAUGGCUAUGAUUUGACUAUAUUUGUUUAUGGUUUUGAAUCAUUAUUCACAAAAGAGGUUUGUGUAUGUCUCUGAGGCUUUUGCAUACUGACAUCUUUGCACUGAUAACAGUGGACCGUUAUGAUGUUACUAAUCCUUUAGUAUUUGUAAAUGCGCUAUAGUGUCAUGCCCUGAAGCUCUCGGUUUGAUCUUACGCUUUUCAUUUUUUGUUAUGAGAACAAAUAAAAGACAAAAAAAACACUUUUGUGUUCCGCUUUGACAUAUUGAUCAAACUAGCACUGUAUAUUGUAGCUAAAUUAUGUAUGAUCACUCUAUCUCUUCUCUUUCACUUCUUUGACAAAAAACGGGAAACAAUCCUGAUGUAAAAUACAAUAUAUGUAGUGUAUGCUUGUACCUAGUGAGCGUUCAUAAUGUCAUGAUUUCAUAGUGUCUGGUGGUGGUCGCGCAACCAAAUGUUGUAAAACCUUGUUUUUGUACAUCUGCUCAUCAGUAUGUGAUGGUGAUUUAGUGAUGUCCAUUUCUCUCUUCCUUUCUCUUCUUCCUGAUUUAUUUCAUUACAAUGAAAAAGUGGUAAUGUGUUUUGUUUAUAAAUCACAAAAUAAAGUUUUCUUUCUUAAUAAUGUGA